AUGUCCGCAGAGAUGUCUUCUCGUGACUAUGGUUGGUUUCCUCGCAUGCUCUCUAUCGCUCUCGAGGCACUGCUAACUGCAGUAGUGAUGGUCAACUUGAAUGUUCUGCAGAUGCACAAGUUCACCUUCUCUUUUCCUGAGCGGCAAAUCAAGUUGACCCCGGAGAACCCAAGCAUUAUCAUCGGGCGUGCUUCGAAGACAUCAUCCAGAGGUUAUGAUCCCGCACCUGAUAAUGCAUGGUACAACAGUGCGGUCAUGUCACGACACCACGCCGAGCUUACUGCAGAUUUCUCCCAAAAGAAAUUGAAAGUGAAGGAUCUCGGCUCCCUUCAUGGCACCUUUCUGAAUACGAACACUUUGGUUCACAAAGAAGGACCGCAAAUCAUUGGGCAGGAGGAUUUUCUCAGAUUCGGGGUUUCCGUUUGGCGCGGGAACGAGGAGUUCCCCCCCGUUAUACUCUGUGUCACAUAUGAAUUCCAUACCCAGGACAUUUCCGAAAACACUGGGAACACCACUACCACAGGUACCUUUCAGGUACCAGACGGCUCUGACGAUGAGAGUGGCGGUUGCAGUGAUAGCGACGAUGAGGCCAAUAAUCUGUGCCAAACUGACAUCGAGAGAGCAGCCAAGUUUGCUGCCCCUUCUUGUUCAAAGCUGAACAUCGUUGACUUAACUCCAGACGCCCGAAAGCCAGAGUUUAUGAACAAGGCCAUCCAUAAAACCCAAACGGAUCCAAAGGUCAUUGAUCUGUCUUCCACUUCUGGAACCACCACACCCAUCAACAAGGGUUCUCCAAGUGUUAACACUGACAAAAUCAAGUCUUCCGAUGCCAACAUCAUGACCAAGGCGGGGCCUUCUCCGCCUAGUUCUGGGGACGUUAACACUUCUAGUUCCAUUUCUGGUGAUUCUGAUGAAAUCCCAUCUCCUACUGGGGGCUUCUCGCUAGACGCCGAUGACAAUGGACUUGAUGAUGCUGAAAUUGAUCCAGGCCAGGAUCUGUCAGAAGACAUGUCUGAUGUAUUUGAUGAGUCUAAGGACGAUGAAGAUGAAGAUGGGCUUGAGGAUGGAGAAAGCAUGGACAUCGUAGACUUGGGAUCUGAGGACAAUCUUGAUCUCGGCUCUCGAGAAGCUGGGUAUGAGCCAUCGGACGACUAUCCUGAAGUCGAGGACCUUGUCAACCCUCAAGACUCACCUGUUGUUCUUUCUCCGCUUCCGCGAAGGGAAAGGGCCCCAAGGAGUACAUCUUCGAACAGGAUCGAACGGCGGCUCAACAAUGACGAUUCCAGCGUCUCGUGUAUCGCUCUGCCCAAGCCAGAGCAUUUGUCAAAGCAAGCAGUCCCUCGUCCAGAUGCAGCCUCAUAUCUACCUUCCCAUACAUCCCCUUCAUUGUUGCAGCCUGCCCCAUCGAUGGUUGAAACUCUUGGGGCCAAGACAGGGAAAGUUGACUACUUCGAAGCUCGCGAGGUCAACAAGAUGAUUCUAAGCGCUCAAAGAGCAGCCAUGCCUCGACAGAUAUCAUCCGUCUACGCACUGUGCAACGAAGAGUCUUCUGCGGAUAGAAGCCACAGCAGUUGCGCGUUUGGGCCUGCCGCGUAUAUCACAACUAACAGCAGGCCCAGCAGUAAACAACAAGUUUCUGCUGAUAACAAGGCUAUUACGGAUGCCUCAAGGCCCUCAGCUUGCACCGCUUCUGCAGUGUCCCCUCCUUCUGCUAAGGUGGCUGAGGGAUCUAGCACUACCAUGUCAACUGAGACUCCUUCUGGGGUUGCUGCUGUGUCCUUAAGGAAUCCAACUUCUAGCUCAUCGCGGACUUAUGUGGGCAUUUCUGAUAUCGUUAAUAGCCCUCAACAACUGCCAAACAGUCUGAAGCGUAAGGCAGAUGACAUCUCCGAUACCACUCAGCAGGAAGAGCAGUGGGCAGCCAAAGAAACAUCACCCCAAGUGAUGAAGGACAUAAUGGAUACACCUCUCGAACCUGUUCGGCCCAUCUGUACACCGCCACUCUCUCCUGCUCUCUCAUCGGAGUCUUCGCCGGAGCGUCCUUGCGAUAUGUCUAAGCCUUCUGCCUCUCUUGCUCAGGCGAUCCCUACUCCAUCAAAGUCCAUACCAGCUACUCCCGAGCCUGCGAGACCUUCCAAAAAAGCCAAGUUGCUAAGAAUUGCCGAACGGGUGGGCUACGCGGCACUGGGAGGGGUUACCGCUGGCGCGAUGAUUGUUGGGACGUUGAUCUACACUGCCCCAACAUUCAACUAA